UAUAAUUCCGUUUCCUCUUCACACACUUUCAAUCAUGCCGUCAAACUUGUCAAUCUCGUCGGAUUUCUGGCAUUUUAACCCAAAGGCAUCGCGAUGGAGAACGCGGGCGUGUUGAUGAUGUGUCCUAUCUCGUCCUAUCUCGAAGCGCAGAUUGACGAGCGCUUGAAGCUCUUCAGACUGUGGGACGCUUCUCCUUCCAUGUCCGAUUUCCUGAAGCUCAAUGCCCGUUCAAUUCGAGCCGUCGUCGGAAGCGCAUCGCACGGGGCUGAUUCGGGGCUCAUCGACUCGCUUCCCAACCUUGAAAUCGUCUCCACCUGCAGUGUGGGUUACGAUAAAAUUGACCUGGCUAAGUGCAGAGAGAGGGGAAUACGAGUCACCAACACUCCCGAUGUGCUGACGGACGAGGUCGCCGAUGCGGCGAUAGCGCUGGUCUUGGCGACGUUGAGGAGAAUCUGCGCUGCUGAUGCUUUCGUCAGAAGUGGGCUGUGGAGGAGUUGCAAUUUUGAGCUGGCCACCAAGGAAAGUUUCGGUUUUUAUGCGUUGCUAUAGUAGUCAUUCCGCAUCAUAUAUGAAUGUUGUCCAGGAAAGUUUCGGUUUUUAUGCGUUGCUAUAGUAGUGAUGAUGCUCGUAGAUUUAAAUGCCCAGUCUUAGGGAUGAAAUGGAAGCUGAAUCUAAAAAAUUUGCAACUCAUUCUCGCUCAUUACCUACUGUACGUUCAUCGUACAAGUUAAGAGUAGUAUAUACUAACUAGAACAAUGUACCAAUACAGCAAUACAGAUAGGAAGCUAUCAAUAAAACUAAUAAUAAGAAUUAUUAACACUAAUAUUAUAAUGAGGAUUUAUGAGCUUGUUUGGUUCGUCGAACCCUCUAAAAAGCCUGUAUCACAUUGGCAGUCCAUAACUCCAUUAGGCCUUUUGCUUCUGCUGCAUCCCCUCCUCAGUCCCCCAAUUUUUUUAUUGUUCCAGUUCAGUGGUAAAUCAGUUGGGAUAAUAGGGUUAGGCAGAAUUGGUUCAGCAAUAGCAAAGAGAGCUGAAGCAUUUGGCUGCAGAAUCAGCUACACCUCUAGACUGAAGAAACCCCAUAUCAACUACACAUUCCACUCGAGUGUCGUUGGUUUGGCUGCUGAUUCUCAAAUCCUAAUUGUUGCUUGUUCGUUGACAGAAGAAACGCGACACAUUGUAGAUCGAAAGGUCAUUGAUGCUUUAGGUCCAAAUGGCGUUCUAAUCAACAUAGGACGAGGUGCCCAUGUGGAUGAACCUGAACUUGUGUCUGCUUUGCUUGAAGGACGGUUAGGUGGGGCAGGGCUUGAUGUUUACGAGAACGAGCCCGAUGUGCCAGAUGUGCUUUUUGGGCUGCGAAAUGUUGUUCUUCUGCCUCAUGUUGCAAGCGACACUGUUGAAACUUCCCGGUCCAUGGCUGAUCUUGUUGUUGCAAAUUUGGAGGCUCAUUUUCUUAACAAACCUUUACUAUCUCCUGUGAUUUGAAUGGUCUUUGGAAAGUUUCUUGGGGUUUCAGCUGACCUCUCUCCCUGUUUCUCUAGGUGGUAGUCACCAUUUUCCUUUCUUUGAGAAGUAUCAUUUUUUAUACUCUUAAAAUUGUAGAAGUAAUGUUGGUAUCAUUUUGUCUUUUUUAUUUUAUCCGAAAUAUAUGUAUAUGUACUCCUUCC